AGCGGCUAGUCGCGUGAAUCUGAAUCUGCCAUACUGAAGAGAGAAAGCAAAGUAACAUCAAAUUUCGUAUCUCAGUAACGACAGAAAGACCCAAUUUUUUUUCACUCCCGACAAAGAACCUUUAGGAAAAAUAUCCUGUCGCAAAAACCAAUGUAAAAAGUUAUGUUUUCGUCAGGGACGACACCUUUUGGUAGCACGUCAACCACGGGUUUUGGCGGGUUCGGUUCGAGUUCGACAACAUCUUCACUCGGUUUGGGCGCGAAUCCUAACCCAAUGAAGGACAUAGAGGUGCAGUCACCCCCAGACGACACCAUCACUUCACUGAAAUUCUGCCCCAAAGCGGAUUUUCUGAUCGCAUCUUCUUGGGCAAAUGAUGUUCGGUGUUGGGAGGUUAAAGAAAAUGGACAAACUGUUCCCAAAGCACAGCAGACACAUACUGGACCAAUACUAGACUGUACAUGGCACGAUGAUGGCACCAAAGUAUUCACAGCCUCUGCCGACAAGCAGUGUAAGAUGUGGGAUCUGAACUCUAACCAGGCUGUUCAAGUAGCCCAGCAUGACGCACCUAUCAAGACAUGCAACUGGAUACAAGCACCUAAUUAUAGCUGCCUUAUGACAGGAAGCUGGGACAAGAAGCUCAAGUUCUGGGACACAAGGUCACCUAACCCUAUGCUGAGUAUAGACCUCCCUGAAAGGUGUUACUGCGCUGAUGUGGUGUACCCCAUGGCAAUUGUUGGGACCGCCCAGAGGGGAAUCAUUUGUUAUCACCUAGAAAACCAACCAUCUGAGUAUAAGAGAAUGGACUCACCUCUAAAAUAUCAGAAUCGAUGUGUGAGUAUCUUCAGAGACCCAAAGAAAAACAAUCAGCCAGUUGGGUUUGCUCUAGGAUCUGUAGAGGGAAGGGUUGCAAUUCAGUAUAUUCAGCCAGAGACAGCUAAGGAUAACUUCACCUUCAAGUGUCAUCGUUCUAAUGGCACUAAUGUACAAGAUAUUUAUGCUGUGAAUGACAUUGCCUUCCAUCCUGUGCACCACUGUCUCCUCUCAACUGUCGGCUCUGAUGGCAAGUUUAGCUUCUGGGAUAAAGAUGCAAGAACUAAACUUAAGACAUCGGAGCAACUCAACCUUCCCAUAACAGCAUGCUGCUUUAACUCCCAAGGCACUAUUUUUGCAUAUGCGGCUGGAUAUGACUGGUCCAAGGGCCAUGAGUACUUUAACCCACAGACCAAACCAAAGAUUCUUUUAAGAAGCUGUACCGAUGAGCUCAAGCCAAGGAAGAAGUGAGAAAAAUCAAGCCCCCUCUUCACUAUCCCAUUAAACAAGAAUCGUACAAUGCAAGUGUUCUUCGUGUCAUGUGUAUAGUACAGAUUAUAGGCAAUACUGGUAAGAGAUGUCUAAACGUCUCUUAAUACCGCAGUACUGUUCUGGUCAUUUUAAUGUUAGCUUGCAUCUCUGUGCAUACGAUAACUUACACGGAGAAGUAGAUUGUAUAAAAAAACGGCAAAUAAAGUGGUUUUCAUAUUA